AUAUGCAUUGAUUUGCAUUCUAACCUAGCUAGGUUGAGUGUGUUAUCUCGAUUUCUCUCUCUUACUCUUUCGUCAAUCUACGAGGUUUAAACGCCUCGCAAUUUCUCUUCCCCGAAAAUAUUGUUUUUUCUGCUAACAAAAUUUCUUUGCAGCCUCUUCGCAAACCCUAACCCUCACACCCCUCACUCUCUCUAAUAUUCCUUCGAUUUCCUCUUCUCGCAGAAUAUGGGAGAAACCAAGGACGAAGGAUACGAGGAGGAGCUUCUUGACUACGAAGAGGAGGACGAGAAGGCACCUGACUCCGUUGGAACCAAAGUCAACGGUGAAGCUGCCAAGAAGGGCUAUGUUGGUAUCCACAGUUCAGGAUUCAGAGACUUCCUUCUGAAGCCAGAGCUUCUCCGGGCUAUUGUGGACUCUGGAUUUGAGCAUCCUUCCGAAGGUAAUACUUCUAUAUAAUCUUAUUUUGGGCAACUAAUAUGCUUUGGUAGCCCUGCAAAGGGUCAGAAAGGUUUGUUUUACUUACCACCGGUUCCUUCGACCGUCUUUGGUUCAUCACCAGUGCAACACGAAUGCAUACCUCAGGCAAUCCUUGGAAUGGAUGUGAUUUGUCAAGCUAAAUCGGGAAUGGGAAAAACUGCAGUGUUUGUUCUUUCAACUUUGCAGCAGAUUGACCCUGUUGCAGGACAAGUUUCUGCACUUGUUCUGUGCCACACUAGGGAAUUGGCAUACCAGAUCUGCCAUGAGUUUCAGAGGUUCAGCACUUACUUACCUGAUCUCAAGGUUGCUGUCUUCUAUGGAGGUGUCAACAUUAAAGUUCAUAAGGAUCUACUGAAAAAUGAAUGCCCUCAUAUUGUUGUUGGUACACCUGGAAGAAUACUAGCACUGGCUAGGGACAAGGACCUUUCAUUGAAGAAUGUUAGGCAUUUCAUUUUAGAUGAAUGUGAUAAGAUGCUGGAAUCACUGGACAUGAGAAAAGACGUGCAAGACAUUUUCAAGAUGACUCCCCAUGAUAAGCAAGUGAUGAUGUUUUCUGCAACACUUAGCAAGGAAAUUCGUCCUGUCUGCAAGAAAUUUAUGCAAGAUCCAAUGGAAAUUUAUGUUGACGACGAAGCCAAGUUGACCCUUCAUGGACUUGUGCAGCACUAUAUUAAAUUGAAAGAGGAGGAAAAGAACAGGAAGCUGAAUGACCUUCUUGAUGCAUUGGACUUUAAUCAAGUUGUGAUCUUUGUUAAAAGUGUUAGCAGAGCAGCUGAGCUUGACAAACUACUUGUGGAGUGCAACUUUCCAUCAAUAUGUAUUCAUUCUGGAAUGUCCCAGGAAGAAAGGUUAAAGCGAUACAAAGGUUUUAAGGAGGGCCACACUAGGAUUCUUGUGGCUACAGAUUUGGUUGGUAGGGGAAUUGACAUCGAACGCGUGAAUAUAGUUAUAAACUAUGACAUGCCCGAUUCUGCAGACACUUACUUGCACAGAGUAGGUCGAGCUGGAAGGUUUGGCACGAAAGGCCUAGCAAUUACAUUUGUUUCAUGUGCUAAUGACGUUGAUGUCCUUAACAAUGUUCAGUCCAGGUUUGAGGUUGAUAUUAAGCAACUUCCUGAGCAGAUUGAUACCUCUACCUACAUGCCAUCUUGAAUACCACGCUGGUGAAGAGUCUAUCUCAUGGAUGCAACGAAUUUAUCUUUUCGGCAUUCAGCGGCCCAAGGCUCCUAAACCACUGAGCCCAUUUUGAGCCUUGUGUAGUUUUAUGUUCUAUGAUGACCGUUUUAUUAUUAGGGGUUUUUGUUGCUAUUAGGAUUUUGCGGUAUCCUGGCUAUGAAUUUGUGGGAUUCAAAUUCUGUACUCUGUAUUCUGUAGAUGUUUGCACUUUAGGGCCUCGACUGUUCCUUCAAGAACUUCUGUUUUGAAUUAUUAUUGUAGUGAACGAAGUGGUCUUUUAUUUGUUUAUGUCGCUGCUUGUGUUUAUACAGAUUUUGCUGGUGUUAUCAUAAUGAGCUGUUUAUUUGCAA